AUAGAAAAUGCACAUGCACUUAGAUUUUGGGGCAUGAUAAAGAACAUGACGGUGUCAAAAUUAAUCCGGAGUCAGCCAUUACAGCGUCUCAUAUUCCGAUUGUGCUUUUGGAACGUACAGCGCCCCAUAAUCCAAUUCAAGUUUAAUUCUUCUGCCACAAUACGAUGUGCCAUGUGAGGAAAUGACAACGCUCAACCCUCUCAGAGGUUAUAAAAUAUGGCGCAGAACAACGCGUCAAGCAAACACUUCUCCCUGUGUGUUCUGUGUACUGCGCAGACAAACCGCAAUGGUGCACGCAAGGUAACGUUUAACAUCAACUCACCACUCUCGUCCUAGCCUAAAUGUUAGCCGUCAACAUUACCGCUAAUUAUCGUCAAAGUAUCCAUCACGGAAUGCUUCGCUUUCAUCGAUUGCCACAGUACGUGGGAUGUGCAUAUUCUUGUUCGUUUUAAAUCAAUAAUUAAAUAAACGCCGCUGAUUUCUUUGUCAGCUCUCUUGGUUGGGUUUUUGGCCGGAUACUAGCACUACCUUUUUGUUUUGAUGUUUUUAUGUUUUAUUUACUCAUUUUUCCUCGCAUUACACUUAAUGGUUCGGGAAGGGGAUACUUUAUUUUUUUUAUUUCUUUUUCUAUUUUUGCUGCACUUUAUGAAAUGUCGAUUGACAGCUUGUAAAGCAGGGAUGUCAUAAUUUGCAGGUAUAUUUCCGUGGAAACCUGCCUUGAGGAUUGGCCGCCACCUUUGGAGGAAGUGGCCUUCUCUCUCCCACUUUUACCUACUGAUGAAGCGCUCGAACCCAUAGAAGUGGCGAUCGCAUAUCAAAGCUGUUUCAAGACAAGAGGACGUUUUGACAAAAGAGGGCAGGAUAAGCUCCGGAUGGAACUUUUUGAGGAGCUGUUGAAUGGAGGUCUGGAGCAGCUAGCCUUGGAUGUGGCAGGACUUAUGGUUGGAAGUGAACGGCGCCAGGCUAUGGAACUUGCCGAACGCAGAGCGCCACAUGGAAUUUUGACUGCACAUCUGAAGCAGCUUUUGUCCAGUGUCGGUGACGAUAGUCCUAGGCAUGGCGCCCAAAUCACAGACCCCACUCUAAUUCAAGAAGCGGAGAGCCUACUUCGCGGAACAUGGGAUCCAGCUUCUGAGAAUGUCCUUGAGCCGUGCUCAGAGACGCACUGGCGUCAGCGUUUGGCGGCUUGCCUGACACCUGUCGUGGUGGAACCGGCACCAGAUCUUCCAUCGCAGCCAGCUAACGAGUUAUCCGGAGAUCUUGUAUUGGAAUCAACGACUAAUGAAGGUUUCCUGGAUGUGCUGCUCCUUUUCUAG